UAUAUUUUUAUUUGAAAUUAUAAAAUUAUUUUUUUUUUUAAAUUCUAUUGAUCGUUCUUUUUGAAACGAAGGAAGAAUUAUUUUUGGGCACGAAUUUAAAUUAGCCCUGAUUUAGGUGUACAUUCCAAAUUAAUUGAAUUUCAGAUUUAUUUUAAGGUUUAAGCUUGGUGACAAUGGAGGCCAAUGAGAGAGAGAGAGGCACUGUACACUGUGAAAACCAUCGCCAGUUGGAAAGUUGCUUUCCAUUGACGUCACUCUUCUUGUAAAAUACGGGAACAUUUUUAUAGAGAUAAUCGACAGUAAAGAUAAGAUCAUGCUGAGAUUCCGGUUGUUCGAAGCCCCUUUUAUUCAAUCGUUCAAACCCCACACUUUUCUCAUUCGUGCUCAAAUGGGUUCGUAUUCUACAACUUCGUCUUCUGCUCAAAAUAGCCCUAAACUUGUUUUCCGUCAGCUCUUUGAGAAGGAAUCAUCUACCUAUACUUACCUUCUUGCUGAUGCUUCGCAUCCCCAAAAGCCCGCUUUGCUGAUUGACCCAGUGGACAAAACAGCGGAUCGUGAUCUUGCACUUGUUAAGGAGCUGGGUUUGAAGCUUAUAUAUGCUAUAAACACACAUGUACAUGCUGAUCAUGUCACUGGUUCUGGCUUGAUCAAGACAAAGUUCCCUGGUGUGAGAUCAAUCAUAUCAAAAGCAAGCAAUGCAAAAGCUGAUAUUUUUGUUGAACCUGGUGAUAAGAUCUACUUUGGUGAUAUUUUUCUGGAGGUUCGUGCAACUCCUGGUCAUACACUUGGAUGUGUUACCUAUGUCACGGGAGAUGGACCCAAUCAACCUCAACCAAGGAUGGCCUUUACUGGUGAUGCCCUUUUGAUACGUGGAUGUGGAAGGACAGACUUUCAGGGUGGAAGUUCAGACAAAUUGUAUGAUUCAGUUCAUUCACAGAUUUUCAAAUUGCCUAAAGACACAUUGUUAUAUCCUGCUCAUGACUACAAAGGGUUCACCGUCAGCACAGUGGGAGAGGAGAUGCUAUACAAUCCACGCCUAUCAAAAGAUAAGGAAACAUUCAAAAACAUCAUGCAGAAUUUGAAUUUGUCAUAUCCAAAAAUGAUGGACGUCGCAGUUCCAGCUAACAUGGUUUGUGGAUUACAAGAGACAAAAUCAGAAGCUUGCUAAAUUCUUCUUUCAUGGUCACUACGAAUGUAAAUGGGAAGCAAGGUAUACACGAUUUGAAGCGAAAGUUAACGGAAAUAAUGUUUAGCUGGAGAAGUUGAAUUAGUUUUAACUGAUAAGAAUCUUGAAUAUAUGUAUGUAACUUGAUUUCUGAGAUGGGAAUAAUGAAAGUGAAAUUUAUCAGUUGCUGCAUUUUCUGAAUUAUAGUAGCAAUUCAGAUCCAA